AGACCCGGCCAUUGUAAAACAUGAUUCUGAUUCACGAGUUUCGGUCAGGGUCUUCAGAUCACUUAGGAACCCGGCCAGGGGUUUUACUUGAAUUUUUCAAGUUCAAUGAUAAAGUAUGCAUGCACGUUCGUUGAUCCCGGCUUCGGCCACACCUCUCGACACACCCCCACAUGAACUUGAACACGUGCUUGCAAGCGCUACAUCAAGCCUGCCCCUGGGCUGCUGUGCGACUUACGGUACCGUACCUUGCGAGAUUUUUUUUCCCCGUACCGCGACACAAGGUUCAAAGGGCACUUUUGCUGCUGUAUAUGUGUACCGCCAGGCUCCGGCCGGCCUCGAUCCCGAUCCUGCGCUAGUGUACAACAGGGCGAGCUAGGAACAGCAGCGGCAUAAGGAAUUUAAAGAUAAGCUGCCAAAGGCAAGGGCAAAGCGAUAAGUUACGCAAAACCUGAACAAGUGGGGUUACAUUGCGUGUAAUCUAAAGUUAUACCGGGUAUUGUUGUUAUUGUGCCUGACCUGCUGUAUUGACUAUUUUCAGAUGAAAUAAUUGCAUGUAUUGACGUCGUCAUGUCUUCGUAUUCUUCGGGGAUACGCUUAUCAAAACUCACUACAGAGUUGAUAUCGGCAGGCCUUAACCUUCGGACUGCUGGGACGUCUUCCAUCUCCAGAUGCUGCAACACCGCGGCGGGUUGUGUCAUUUAUUCUCAACGUCGACUACUUCAUAAUGCACCUCACACAAAAUAUGCAGCUCUUUCAACAUGUCACCCGAGUGGAUCCCAUAGACUUGCAAAAUUUAAAUCUAAUCAAGGAUGGAAUAAUCCUAACCCUUCAUGUAAUAUGAUUAACCUUGUGAGGAACAUGUCUUCUGAUAGUGAUAUUCUUCCUGAUCCUUCCAAUCUUAUUUUUCGGCAGCUUUUUGACUACCAGUCCUACACAUACACAUAUCUACUUGGAGACAAGGAUACUAAGGAUGCAAUUCUUAUUGACCCUGUCAUUGAACUUGUCAAGAGAGACUUGCACCUUGUAGAAGAUCUUGGGCUUAAUCUUAUUUAUGCGAUUAAUACCCACUGCCAUGCUGAUCACAUAACUGGAACAGGUUUGAUCAAAGAGAAGAUACCAGGCUGUAAAAGCAUUAUCAGUCAGAAGAGUGGGGCCAAGGCAGACCUCUACAUUGAUGAGGGUGAUCAGAUCAAGUUUGGAAAUUUGGCUUUAGAUGUGCGUUCUACCCCUGGCCAUACAUCUGGGUGUGUCACCUAUGUAUUGCGCAAUGAGACAGGGACACCUGUAAUGGCUUUUACUGGAGAUGCCAUCCUCAUCAGAGGAUGUGGCAGGACAGAUUUCCAGGAAGGUGAUUCUGGGACACUCUAUGACUCUGUUCAUGGAAAGAUUCUCUCAUUACCCCCUUCAACAAGAUUGCUGCCAGCCCAUGACUACACAGGGCAGACAAUGACAACGGUGAAAGAAGAAUUGCAGUUUAAUCCGAGAUUAACCAAGACGAAAGAAGAGUUCAUUAAAAUCAUGCAUGAGCUUAACCUCCCCUACCCAAAAGCAAUAGACAAAGCACUUCCUGCCAACUUGGUCUGUGGUGUCGUUGGGGAGGGAUAUGACAUGUGAGAAGAUGGAGACAUGUCAGAUCAAACUUUGUACAUGUAUCCAUCGAUAUUGAAGACAAAGAUGACUUCUAAAAAGAUAAAUGGUUUUUAGAUUAAAUUUGGAUCAUGGAUGUAAGAAUCAAUGUGCAAGGCGAUAUAUAAAAUAUACAAACAUGUUUCUGGAAAAGAAGUAGGAUCCGACUCUCUUCUGCUGCUUCAUACAUCAUUACACAUUUAUAUGAUGUAAAAAGUAUAUGCGACUGUAUUUCUUGCAUUUACCAUCCAAGUGCUUCCUCAUUUACAGUAUUCUGUAUUUUUUGGAAGUUCAGAUGAUCAUCGUAAUUGACACUUUGAUCAAAAUUGAAAUUGGGAGAAUUUGUAAAGUAAUUGUUGCUCCUCUCUAUCCACUUAAUUCCUUCUUUGUUAAUAAUCAUAAUUUAUACUUGGGUUUUAUGAUUAAAGAAAGCAGCAAGGUUUAUCUCUUUAUAGGAAUCAAGAAUACAUGAAUGUCAACUUUAUGCCUUGACUUUAGAUGGGGUAAUUGGAAUAAGCUCAGUAUACAAUUUUCUGGGUGAUGGUACUACAUUAAUGCAUAUUCAUUUAAUUUUGAGUAUUCAAUUGUUUUGUGGAGAAUUUUUCAGCUCAGAUGGUUUGAUAAAUGGCUAUCUAUCUGAAAAGCACAUUUUAAAAAGCUUAUUACCAUUUUCCCCUUCGUUUGUGAAAAGUAAUCCCCCUUAUGAUGUGAUAACCUUUUCUUUUUGCCUGCCGGCUAAUAAAAAAAAAAUCCCCUUAUUUAUUCAUUUUUUUUUCACUUGUGAAAGAAAAUUGUUUAUGUCACCCCUCUCUGACAAAAACCUUGAAUUGCCCAUAAUAAUUACAUUACAGUGAGGAAGAAAAGUAAUGGUUGUGAGCUUAUGUGCCGUCUUUUUGUCUCAAAAUGGUCCUUAAUAUAAAAGUGACAUGUAUAUGUAGUGUGUCGCUCAUUAUCACGUAAUCCAUCAGUCAAUAUUCAAUUACGUGCCAUUGUGAUGCAACAUUAAAUAAGUUGAAUUCUCAGAUCAUAUAUAUGAUGAAGUUUAUCUCUACGUGCAGAGUACAAAGAGAUCAAAGGUAGGAAUAACAAAAAAAAAAAAAAAAAACCUGACAGGAAAAAAACAGAAAUAUGAAACCUGUUUUCCUUGCACAUUGUGGAUAAUGAAUAUGUUCUCACCGUGUUUUUGCAUAUAUAGUUCCUGUAUAUUUGGCUGAGUCUUUACAAUUGAAUAGUGCAUUCUAAAUUGAUUCUCAAUUUUAUGUUCCCAUUUCCGCAACUCUUCAAUUUUUCAUUUAUUUUCAUUUUCUAAAUCUGAUUUAUUUAUCAAUUUUAAUUAUUUUUCAUUUAUCUACUAUAUUGGGGAGGAAAGGGAGUGUGUAUAAUACUCAGUCUGUUUACAGAUCUACUGGCAGAUAUUUAGAAGAUAUAAACAUCAGUUGUAUGUUGUAUGAUAAAGUAAUUAAUUUUGUGAUAAAAUGUGAAUGUUUUGCAUAAAUCUUUAAAAUAUUUUUGUGAAGAACUUUGUACAUUUCAUAACUGAUUGCUGCCCUCUGGAAGGAGGAUAAUCUAAAGUCACUUCACCUUAGUCCAGUUACUGUAUGUGCCAUAUGAGCCGGCAUUCAAGGUUUGUGAUAUGAAAAUUAACCAGUUAUUUUGUAUGGUUUAUUUCCAAUUCGUCUAACGCCAAUUCGUCCGUUUUCCAACUCGUCUACUUUCAUUUGGUCUACCAUCAGGGGUGCGUUUCAUCAAUAUUUACAUCCGACAAGUUGUCAGAUCUGACAUCUUUCCAUGAUUUUGAUUGGCUGAGAGGCACUGUUCCUAUGGUAACUGUCGGAUAAAAUGGGACUUGUCGGAUAAAACGUCCGACAAGUCCUUUCAUGAAACGCCCCCCAGUUUGUCCACUCACCACAUGGUCUUCUUUUAUUCAGUCUAAUGCCAUUCUGUCUAAUAACCAGUUGGUCCAAUAGCAAGUUAGUCCAUAUACCAUUCGGUCUAAUUAAACUAACGUGUAAAUUGUGCAAAAUGAAUGAAAAGAAAAUGGGUAUUAGACCAACUGGUUAUUAGACGAACUGGUGACUAGACGAAGUGAUGAAUGGACCAAAUGGUUGUAAGACUAAAUGUCGAUGGACGGAAUGGCAUUAGACUAAAUGAAGGUAGAACUUUUUUAUUUCCUUGUUCCAUGUUUACUGUAUCAUGCUCUAAAAUAUUUCUGUAUUCUGUCAUGAUAAUACUGGCCUGUUACAUAGUAUAUAUUGUAUUACAAUCAACUGUUCACAUCAGUGAUACCAAGUGCCAUUAUGGGUAUAUGCCUUUGGUCUAUGUAAACAUACAUGCACAACAGUAUAAUUACUUAAGAUCUGCAUGAUCAAGUCUAUGAAAAGAUUCUGUAGAAUAAGGAACCACAUGCAACAGUAAAUUUGUACCGUUAAUUGUGAUAAUACUGCACUUUUUCCUGGCCAAAACAAGAUUUAGUUUUAGGACAAUUCUGGUUAUAAGAUGUUAAUUAGAGUUUGCCAAUCAUUUGUGGAUGUUGCACAAUUUCUGAAACAUUUCCAAUACAAUACAUGGACUAAUGCUUCACCCUGGCAUUGGAAUAACCUGGAAGAGAUCAGUCUUAGAUAUAUUGUAAACGGUUAUUGUAGAUGACAAAAUUUGCUCAGUUUAAAAGCUAAAGUUUUGUGAUAUACAUGUACAAAUGUGGUAUUUCACAUGAUAAAAUCAUGAUCCCCUUUAUAUAUAUAUAUAUACAUGUAUGUAUAGUCUUCCUGAUUUUUAUUUUUUACUUCAUAGGCUAAUGAUUUUUGUAUCAUGAAUAGUGUGGUAUGAUAGAAUUUGCAAUAUCAAUAAAGGCCAAAAGGGUAUAUUUGUACUUAGUACUCUUUCAUGAUAAAAUGUAUAUGUUGACUGUUAAUGAUAAGAUCAUUUAUAAAGGUCAUUUAUAUUUCUUGUAAUAUGAAAGAGGUUUUACUUGCUGUACCAUCGAGUAAAUCUGAAUACUGUUUAAUGAAUACUUAUAAUCGGAAGGUUUGAUGCAUUUUGGUGUUCAUGAAUAAAAUAAUUUUUUAAUAAAUGGAA